CUGCCAGCGAUCAGACCCACCAAGCGCUCCCUGCGUCGCCUCCUGCGUGAGCUCUGAGCCUUCGAGCGAGUGAGUGAGUGACUCUUUGCGAUUCGGUCAAGCGACCCUCCGUCAGGAAGCUGAACAAGACAGAUCUCGGGAUCGGCUGCCAAAAAUCCUGGAACUAAUAUCCAACGCCAUCAUGGGAGUCAACCAAGCAACAUGGACAGUAUUCUUCGUCCUCCUGGGCCUGAGCUGCGCCCCCUUCAGCGCCGCCGAGUCCCGCGACGGCUACGAGGGGCCGCUGCUCUCCACCUUUAAGGCCGUCCACCAGGACCUCCGCCAGAACGCCGACGGCACCUACGAGUUCUCCUUCUCCCUCCCGCAGCAGUCGCGCUCCGAGCAGAGGGACGCUGACGGGAAGGUCACGGGCGCCUUCGCCUUCGUGGACCCCGAGGGCGAGGAAGUGUCCGUCAACUUCGACGCCGACGACGAGGGCUACAAGCCGGAGAGCGACGCCCUGCCCCAGGCCCCCGAGGACACCGACGACGUCCAGAGCGCCCGCGACGAGUUCCUCAAGUACUACGAGGAGACGGUGAAGUACCUCGAGGCUCUGGCGUCCGACGAGGAGGACGAUGACGACGAUUCAUCUUCCUCGGAGGAAGACGACUACGAUGACUCCAGCUCCGAGGAAGAUUCCGAUGAGGAUUCCGAUGAAGAGGAUUCCGACGAAGAAGAGGAGGAGGACGACGACGAGGAGGAGGAGGAGGAGCGGCCCUUUCGAUUCGGAAGGAAAUUCGACGGCCGCGUCGGGCGCCGCGUCAACGAGCCCUCGCGAGUCGCCCCGAAGGCCCCCCGCGGCAGCGCCUCCUUCCCCCCCGUCCUUCCCUCCUUCGGCCGCAGGAUCUCUUCUUCCUACGACCAGUAACGCCCCCUCCGGCAGCAGCAGUGACGUGGCAGUACAAAGAGGAGACUCCCUCCUCACGCUCAACGAUCACUCCACUGCACUGCGUUGCUUCCCUCGCUGUACAACUUCAACGAUGCUUCUACGAGUUAGAUUACCGAGGAAUUUAGAUAUGUAUCUCAUCACGGUGUGAGGUACACAUCUUCAUUCACUAUUUAUUGUUAGUAUAGAGCUUAUAGAUAUUUAUAUCUCAUAUCGCCAUUACGAAAUAUCACCUCACCUUUGCGACGUGAUCCAGUGGGUCCGCUUCGCACACUCCAUUUGUGAACCAUUGUGUCCUGCAUCUGUGUAGAAAUCUUUCACUAUAUUUCACUGCCUAUUUUAUCGACUGCAUAUGAGGGCAGAGCCUUCAGUAUUCUUAGGAAAUAAAUAAAUAUUCAA